AUGGCAGACCGUGGCAAACACCGCGUCGCGCCCAUCCCGGCGAAGAAACAAUACGCGUAUGUGCCGUGUCCGAGAUCGGAAGAAGUGGGGACAGAGUUCGCUUUACAGCUUCUAAGGACCCACCACGAGGAACCGCCGACGCCGGAAAAGUCGCCGCCAGAAAAAAGAGAGAAUUUCAUAGUCGCCCCCGGCGUAGCGCGGUUGGAGCGAAUCUACGAGAGCACACAGCGUCGCUAA